CUGGAAUCCUAACAGGACCUACACAGAGCUAUUUAUAAUGCCAGACUAUACUUGGUUUGAAGGAAUACCUUUUCCUGCCUUUGGGAUUCCAAAAGAAACUUUGCAAAAUGUUUGUAAUAAGUUUGUGGUGAAAGAAGAAGAUUUGAUCUUAUUGACUUAUCCCAAGUCAGGAACAAACUGGCUGAUUGAAAUUGUCUGCUUGAUUCAGACCAAGGGAGAUCCCAAGUGGAUCCAAUCUGUGACCAUCUGGGAUCGCUCACCCUGGAUAGAGACUGAUUUAGGAUAUGAUAUGUUAAUCAAAAAGAAAGGACCACGACUCAUAACCUCCCAUCUUCCCAUGCAUCUUUUCUCCAAGUCUCUCUUCAGUUCCAAGGCCAAGGUGAUCUAUCUCAUCAGAAAUCCCAGAGAUGUUCUUGUUUCUGGUUAUUAUUUCUGGGGUAAGACAACUCUUGCGAAGAAGCCAGACUCACUGGGAACGUAUGUUGAAUGGUUCCUCAAAGGAUAUGUUCCGUAUGGAUCAUGGUUUGAGCACAUCCGUGCCUGGCUGUCUAUGCGAGAAUUAGACAACUUCUUGUUACUGUACUAUGAAGACAUGAAAAAGGAUACAAUGGGAACCAUAAAGAAGAUAUGUGACUUCCUAGGGAAAAAAUUAGAGCCAGAUGAGCUGGAUUUGGUCCUCAAGUACAGUUCCUUCCAAGUCAUGAAAGAAAACAACAUGUCCAAUUAUAAUCUCAUGGAGAAGGAACUGAUUCUUCCUGGUUUUACUUUCAUGAGAAACGGCACUACUGGGGACUGGAAGAAUCACUUCACUGUAGCCCAAGCUGAAGCCUUUGAUAAAGUGUUUCAGGAGAAAAUGGCCGGUUUCCCUCCAGGGAUGUUCCCAUGGGAUUAAAAUUUCAAAAGUUUUAAAUAUUUUAUGAACAUUGAUUUUUAUGUUUCUGUUGUUCUAUGUCUGAAUAAGUGAAUGUGGUCAUUGAAUAAAUUCUAUUCUGGCAUUGUG